AUGCUGAAGCCCGCUCUUGACCUUGACGAGUUGCCGGCGGUUGCCGUCGACACGCAGCGCGUACAGCCCCUCUUGCCGUACGGCCUGCGCUUCAACCGACUCCUUCCGUACCGGGACGAGACUCUUCUUGAUUCCCAGUUCCCAUUCGACGAAGGUCCGAUUCCCUGGACGCUCGAGCUGGAAAUCCAGUACCUCCAGUUUCAUCCAUCCGUGUGGGAUUUGCUGGAAGCGGACGACGAGACGGACCGACGGUACCGGGAUGAUGUGCUUGCUGAGCUGUCGACCCUGAAGAGAUCCGAGGAUCUUUCGACCGGCGAACGGUACGCCAAGCUGCAGGAUGCGUUCUACCGCGUCUGCAUGCGCUUGCACGACGUCCGCAAGCGAUUCUACCAACAAGAAGCGGCUUCACACCCUGAAUGGACUGCGGCAAGAGUGCAGGCGUCCAUCGCAUCAAGUAGCACUUUCGUCAAGCCCAACGCGCCGAUGUUUUCCCUCUGGCCGUUCAUCAAGCCAGAUCCAAGUCCAUUGCUGGCGCCGAAGGUCAUUCGCAUCACGCAUCUCACCAUCCAGCAGUACAAGCUUCCCGACUUUAAGACUGCCGCAUCUCAGCAAGCCCACGAUCAGACCUUCCUCUCCGCUCCCAAGAAGGAAGACCGAACCGCGUUCGAGCGAUGCAACACGCCUUCCGCCGAAGAUGCUUCGAAGCCCGCCAGCAACCCUAUACCGGAGACCUUCCGCACGCUCUCGCACAGCAAGGUCUUCGGCAUGGUCACGAUUUCUGCGGACGCGCUGUGGGACGGACCAGACAAGGUGAAGGCCCAGCAGAUCAAGGUCGGCAACGACGAGAUCGCGCUUGAAGUCGUCCAAAACCAGCACAUCCUCGCAUUCCUGUUCUCCCUCGCCCGUUUGCCAAGCGGCUCUCUGAUGUAUGCGGGCAGAAGGGAGUAG